CCCCAAGGUGGGAGGGGACAGCCAGGACACUGGGGAAUGUCCCCACACAAAUGGGACAGCCAGGACACUGGGGAAUGUCCCCAAGGUGGGAGGGGACAGCCAGGACACUGGGGAAUGUCCCCACACAAAUGGGACAGCCAGCAUCCUGGGUAAUGUCCCCACACAAAUGGGACAGCCAGGACACUGGGGAAUGUCCCCAAGGUGGGAUGGGACAGCCAGGACACUGGGGAAUGUCCCCGGGCUGGGAGGGGACAGCCAGCAUUGUGGGUAAUGUCCCCACACAAAUGGGACAGCCAGCAUCCUGGGUAAUGUCCCCAAGGUGGGAGGGGACAGCCAGGGCACUGGGAAAUGUCCCCACACAAAUGGGACAGCCAGGACACUGGGGAAUGUCCCCAGACUGGGAUGGGACAGCUAGGACACUGGGGAAUGUCCCCAAGGUGGGAGGGGACAGCCAGGACACUGGGGAAUGUCCCCACACAAAUGGGACAGCCAGCAUCCUGAGGAAUGUCCCCAAGGUGGGAUGGGACAGCCAGCACCUUGGGAAGUGUCCCCAGGAUGGGAUAGGACAGCCAGUACCUUGGGUGAUGUCCCAUCUGUCCCUGGGCUGGGGUGGGGCAUCCUCAGGGAGCUUUGCUGCUCCCUGGGGUUGGGGUACAGCCCUAAGGGAACUCAGCUCUGGGGAUGGGAGCUGGGGAUGCUCACCUGGAGAAGAGAAGGAUCCAGGGAGACCUUGGAGCUCCUUCCAGGGCCUCAAGGGGCUCCAGGAGAGCUGGAGAGGGACUGGGGACAAGGGCUGGAGGGACAGGACACAGGGAAUGGCUCCCACUGCCAGAGGGCAGGGCUGGAUGGGAUAUUGGGAAUUGGGAAUUCCUGGCUGUGAGGGUGGGCAGGCCCUGGCACAGGGUGCCCAGAGAAGCUGUGGCUGCCCCUGGAUCCCUGGAAGUGUCCAAGGCCAGGCUGGACAGGGCUUGGAGCAGCCUGGGACAGUGGAAGGUGUCCCUGCCAUGACAGGGGUUGAAGCUGGAUAUUCUUUAAGGUCCCUUCCAACCCAGACUAUUCCAUGAUUCUCUUCCUGUCCCUUGCACUGAAUCAGAGAGUGGCUGAGGUUGGAAGUGACCUCUGGACAUCAUCUACUCCAAACCCCAAAAUCCCUGCUGGUUUCAGUGAGUUCUGUAGGUGUCUGGCAUGGUUUAAUCCCAGCUGACAUUUACUUUGAAAUAAAAACCAGUUUUAGCUUGGGGGAGAUGAUGCAUUUCAUGCAAUUGCUGCCUUAUUUUUGUCUGCCUUAUUGAAGUAACAUCCCAGUGAUUUAAGAGUUUCCACUCUGCUUCAUGGGAAAAAAAAAUUAAAUUAAAGCUUGUCUUCUGAUUCUAUUUUCUGUUAUUGGGAAAUAGCAGAAAAAUCACACCGUGUAACCCAUUACAGUUACCUUUAACUCAUGAUUCUACAAAAGGAAAUUCAGGCUGGUUUAAUAUAAAGUCUGUUCCUUUCUGGCUUUCUGAGUCAAAAUAAGCCCUGGUUUAAGUGAGCUUAAAUUCCCUUCACUGGAGCUUAUAUUUGAUCAUGCACUUGCAGUUUUUGUUGACUCAAGGCUUUUCUUUAGCUCUCUGUGUGGGAUUUGGGAGAAGCCUAGAGCCAGGAGUCUUCCCAAUCAAAUAAGAAUAUAAAAGCAGUUUUUCCUCAAGUAGAAAUAUGUGGUAUUUCAGAGCAGAGUGGCUUUUGGGGAGGGUUUCUAUAGUAAAGUUAAUGUCUUGUCCAUGAGGUGGCAGCAGAGUCGGGAUAAAACACGAGAAAACUACUCUGAACUUUUAUAUCCCUCAUCCUGAACAACCAAAAUAGUCCUUUUAGAGGAUGGUGUAACAUUUUUAAAGGUCUGUUAGGGCAGUGGACCCUAAUUAAGAGAAAUAUCUUAAAUGUGCUAAUGGGAUUAUUAAGUGCAGAAGGCACCAACGUUGUUAGAAAGCAUUUUUUGUCUUAGUCUUAGAAUUCAUGAAAGAGGAAUCACAAUAUACCCUUCAAAGUACCAGAUUUCUCUCUGCAGAUGUAUUUCAUGCCUUUUUUCGCCCCCCUUAAUACAGAUUCCAAAUUACAGCUUUUGCUUGUGCAUGGGAUGAGUUUGGGGAUAAACAGAGCCUGCUCCAGUCAGGUGUUCCCAGCCCAGGAAAGCACCAGGAGUGUUUUCCUUCACUCAGCUCCAAUGAACGGGUGCUGCAGUGACUUCUUUAAUUUGCAGUGACUUUAAUUUGCAGUGGCUUUAAUUGGCAGUGGCUUUAAUUUGAAGUGACUUUAAUUUGCAGUGGUUUAAUCUGCAGUUUGACUGACUCACCCUGGGUUGUUUCUCCCCUCUGUGCUGG